AUGGUCAUUAAGGAUAUCAAAUAUUCUUCAUCAAUAAUGAAUGGUGAGAUUGCUACUUUUAAGCUAUCAUUAUUUGAUAAAUUUAUUACAUCUUAUAAAGCUAGUAAUUCUCUAGUAUUAGAAGCAACAAAGGCAUUUGAUCAAUUUUUAUCAGCAUUAGACAAGUUUUUUGACUUAUAUAAAGAAUUAACAGAAUACAAUAUAAACAAUAAUAAUAAGAUUGAAAAUCUUAUUGAAGAAAACAAAAAAUGGAAAACAAUUAAAGAUAUUGAAGAUAAUAUUACUGAAAUUUUCAUUAAAAAUGAGCUCAAAGGUAAUAAUAAUAAGUUAACUUUAACUAUGGGUCUUAAAGAUAUUUUUUCAGUUGAUCCUCUAAAAGGUGUGAUCCAUAUUAUCAUGCAAAUACCAACCUUCACUAAUGAAGAAUAUGAAAUUCAGAAGAAAGGGAAAGUUAAUUAUUCUUUUAGAGAAUCAAAAGAUAAUAUAAAGAUACUUAUAUCAAGCAAAUGUACUAAAAAUAUUCAUAUUCUUCUUAUCGAUGCAUAUAAUCCAACACUUGGGAUAGAAUCAAUUCCUGUGUCAUUUGGUGAUAAUAAUUCACUUAGUUUGAAAGACCUACUUUUGAUAAGGAAUGAGUUUAGGACACUUGUAGCAAAUUAUACUCAGGCUCGUGGUAUUAGUGGUAGCCCAAGGUUUAAGAUUCCUACAAAAAUUGAAGAGGCGAUAUUAGACUUACCAACAGACAUCCUGGUUUGUUUAGAGUAA